AUGGAAGAAGAGCAAAACUACGAGUUCAACUUAGAGGAAGUGCCAGUUAGGGUGCGGUUCAAUAAAAUCGAUAAUGACUACGUAAUUUUCUUCAACCAGCAUCACAUCGUCACUGAUGGUUGGUCCGUGACAGUGUUAGCGCAAGAGCUGAACUCGAUCUAUGAAAUGUACUUGAACGCAGCACAGGAACGAGUGCAGCCAAUCCCGUACUCAAUAAGUGAGUAUGCACACUGGCAGCAAAAACAUGUGACUUUCUCGGAAGAAAUUGAGGAAAUGCAGUCUCUUCUAUCAGGGAGGGAAGCGACAACAUUACCUCAGAAGCCCCUCAAUAGCGGGUCUCGUCACUUUAAGAAGUUGGUCCAAAUUCUUCCUCUCAAACUGGCUGAGAGCCUUACAGAAUUGGCCAAAAAAUUCCACACCACCGAGUAUGUGGUAGCACUGUCAGCCUUUCUUCUCACACUGCGAAGGCUAAAGGCUAAUAGCCAAGACGACUCAAUUGUCAUAGGCAGUCCCGUUUUGAACCGUGAUGAGAAGGUGAAAGACCUAAUGGGAUACUUCUUGAACAACGUAGUAGUUUCAACAGAUGUGCGUCUUAGUGAUAGUUUGGGGGACGUUAUUUUGUCGAUGAAACAAACAACAGCGGCUCUGCGAAGAUUUGAAAAAGUUCCUUUCCAUAAGCUUGUCGCGAGACUGAGUCCCAAGCGACAGCUGAAUGAACAUCCGUUGUUCCAAAUCUUUUUCAACUAUCGAUACGGGCUCGAGUUUCCUGAAGUCAAGAUCCCAGGAACAAAAGUUGAAAUUGAUCAGCUCUCUAUGAACAAAAUAUUCAACCUUUCCGUCACUAUUGAUAAUACCUCCAAUGGGACGAGUAUCACGAUGGAGUAUGACUCGUCGAGGUAUCGAAUCGAGACCAUUCGUCUAGUCAUGCGCACUAUGCUGAGGCAGUUCAUCGCAAGGGAAAUUGAGGAGAUAAAUCUAAAAGUUCAAGUCGAUUAUCCAAAAUGCAUAAUGUCACAUGGCAAUGCUCUUUUGCGAGGAAGUGAGUUCAACUCAAUAAUUAAAGGAACCAAGGCGAGAUCUUAUGCGGAGACAGAUAAGGUAGCAUCUGCGAUUGCUGAAAAUCUGAGUGAUUCUUGUACCAAAUUGCUGGGUUGCUCAGUGCGAAGCGAUGACGUCAUAGGGCUGGAAAUUAGUCCUGAAGAUGCCCCGGAAUUGAUCCUGGCAGUGCACAAAGUCGGGACUGCCUAUGCGCCUAUAGAUCCUCUCUGGCCCGUACUACGAAAAGCACAGAUACUGGAAAAAAUGCCAGUGAUUCUCAACAUCCAGAAGGACGCGCUAACACAAGCCUUGCAGUAUAGCGCAAGGAGAAGACGGAGAUUGAAUCGAAUAUCGGAGUACGACAUUGCAUACAUUAUACACACAAGCGGAUCUACUGGUAUUCCAAAAGGAGUCGUUCUAAGUCACAAUAAUUUGGGUUCAUUUCUACGCGGGGCUAAUCGACAAACGCUGAUGAGACCAAGCCACCGCAUUUCUAACUCAGUGAACAUCGUUUUUGACGUCAGUGUCAUGAACAUUUUCGGAGCAUUCGUUAACGCUUGUGAGCUCUGCAUUCACGAUAAUAUUCGCUAUGCACCAUUUGAGGUGGGGAAAUUGGAAUGUAAUUUUGCAUUUCUUACUUCUGCCACUUUCAACGCAUUGACCAUUGAUGACCUACAAAAACUGACAUCUCUAGAAAAACUCUUUGUGGGUGGCGAGGCAGUGAAUGACCGAGUUCUCAGCGAUGCUCUUAAACUGGGUAUGGACAUAACUCAGAUCUAUGGACCUACAGAGGGCACCGUGUGGUCCCUCACAAACAGAUGUAAGAAUCUCGAAAACGAGGGUUCCCUUAUAGGGAGGUCGAUGCCGAACGAAUUCUGCUCAACAAAAGACAAUGUAUACGAAGGAGAACUUGUCUUGAAAGGUCCAAAAGUAGCUCGUGGGUACAUCAACAGCAACGAAAAUACGCCAUUUUCUUCUGAAAAUGGUAUAAAGACGUAUUCCACGGGAGAUAUAGUGAGGCGCGAGAAGGAGGGAUUUUUGUUCAGAGGACGAAUCGACGAUCAAAUCAAAAUUAGAGGACACAGAAUUGAAACGAAGGAGGUCAAGAGAGCUAUCCUCAGUUUGUCACCUCAGAUAUCAGAUGUGUGCAUUCUUCCUUACGAGAACAGUGUGGCUGCUCUCGUAGUAUCCAGUGAACCAGUUCAUGGCAAAAGUAUGACGAAAAAGCUGAGCCACCUUUUGCCUUCUUAUAUGAUCCCGACGCGGUUCAUACGUAUACCAAGCAUACCGCUGAACUCUUCCGGAAAAGUGGACAAAGACACGCUCAUCAAAGAAUUGUCUAGAAUUCACAGCUUGGACUCCGAAGAAUCCUCGUUUUCGGCAGAAGUGACCUCAUCAAUCGAAGAUGGGUUGAUAGCCAUAAUUCGCUCUCUUUUGAAUGUAAGAGAAGUGAAUAUCAAUGAAAGCUUCUUCUCCCUUGGCGGACACUCCUUGUUACUGUUCGAAUUGAGGAAGCAGAUCCUGGACACUUUUGAUGUGACAAUCAAAGUGCACGAAUUAUUUGCCAAUUUAACCAUAUCCGAACUGGCUGACCUCAUAGCAAAUAGAAAGCAAGUUACCACCUCUGAAAGCGCCUCAAUCAUAAUUACACUUCGCAAAACUCCUCAGGGCAAAGUGAAUGUUUACUUCGUGCAUGCGAUAGGAGGUUCUAUAUUCCCUUACUAUGCUUUCCUUCAAUUACUACCUAAGGAGAUCAACAUUUAUGCUAUAGAGUAUAAACUGCACUUCACGGCAACAUCUCUGAAGGAGCUUGCGGCAUUUUAUGCAAAAGCGGUAAGUUACGACAAAACACAAGUUAAGUGA